AGGUAGUAGCAAGAGUGCUCAACAAAGCGCGACAUUCUGCUCUGCAGUUAUAAGUUGAAACUAAAAAUGAAAGCGGGAUUCGACCCAGAACAUUACGGGCGUAUUAGCGCCUCUGUGAGGCUCAACAAUGUCGAAGCUUUGAAAAGAACGAAGUUCAGAAGUCAUUCUAGUUUAUGCGAUCAGAUCCUCGACAUCGGAUGCGGCAUCGGAGACUUUACGAGAGACAUGCUGCUUAAAUGGAUUUAUCCAUGCCGUAAGAUUGUAGGCAUUGACAUAUCCCCAACCAUGUUGAACUACGCGAAAAGAAACUACGGACAUCCAGAUAUCUGCUACGACAUCCUUGAUGCGGGUUCUUCAGACGUGUCUGCGUUUCUACACAAAUACGGUAAAUUUGAUCGGAUUUACUCGUUCUAUUGCCUGAACUGGAUCAGAGACCAAAAGGCUGCGUUUAGGAACAUCAGUACGCUGCUGAAAGAUGAUGGGGAGUGCCUGCUCGUCUUCUGCGCACAGUUCGUGCUCUACAACGUCUGGGUGGAAAUGUCAAAGAUGGAACGCUGGACGAACAUCAUUGAUGAUCCAAGCCACACGUUUCCCGACACCUGGCAUGACGAGCUGUCUCCGAGUCUGGACGGUCUUGUAAAGGCUGUAAGAAGGCUUGUGGCCGACGCAGGAAUGACGACUCUCUCCUGCGAGGUGUAUCCAACAAAAUCUGACUUCCGCAACGAUGAGCUACUGCUCGGCCUGCUUGUUCCCCUCGUCACCGUGAAGACUGGCACCACUGAAGAGGACAAGGAUCGUAUGAGGGAAGAGCUGUCCGCAAAGCUCCUUGACGGCUGCACUAGGACGCCCGAGGGUUCAAGUUAUCCCUUAGAUCUAUUCUUUGUCCACGCCCAAAAAAUAACUUCUUUAUGAUAACCGCUGUCGUCGGAACACCAACUACGAUCGUGGACACAAAGCGGACAAUGGCAGUAUUACCGGAUCUUUCAUUUGUUUCAAUCGGAGAAAAUCCCCUGUAAUUAUCCAGAAUGCUGCGGCUGACUGACAUCGCCAAAAAAAAAUAAAUUGAAAUUUAGGACAACAGUCUACAAAAACCCGCUUACACUCCCCUCCCCCCCCCCCCCCCCCCCCUUCCUGUGGAAACAUGCGCUCUCGCAGCGCUGACCCCUCCGACCGAACUUAGAAAUGCCCAGCAAUGUUGUCAGUAUCAUCAGCGGUACAUGUAUAAAAUCAGAUUAACAACCUCAGGGGCUUAGAGUUGUAAGCCGUGUUCAAUAUGAUGCACCCGAAGUCAGAAAUGAAUGCACUCGUAUUCAUUUAGAGUGUAUUGAUCCGUGUUGUUUUAAUUUGUGAGCUUUCAACAGCGCCCACAUGUUACCUUGCUUUAACGUACCGAGAAAAUGAAAUACUUUGCAGCUGCGCCAAGCUGGCCCUGUUUUAUUAAUACACGGAUUGCAGCAUCACCCACUUCAAGAAUAUGGCAGUAUCACAUUUACUACCAUUGUGGACGCACUGCGUAUCACGUAAUUUCCAGUGCAGAAAUAUAUAGAAGGAAGCUUUCCUAUCUGCUCUAGUGUCUCAAGAGUCUGAACUGCCUCAAAUAGCCACAACUCUUGAACGAAUGUUAUAUAAAGACCUAAAUGAACUUCUAAUGCACAGCCGGGAUUCCUUCUGCCACUGAAAACUUGGUUGCGCUCCAGCUCUACUCUAAGAAAGCUGAAAGCGAUAACUGUAAAAUAGUCAGACGCUCACAAUGUUGUGUCACGGACUGUUUCAAGUAUGAGUUAUCAAUGGCAGAAAAGGACAUCCUAAUGUCCGUUCCUGAACGUCAGAAAAACAAGACGUGCGCUGUAGGCGGGUCGGAUUCGGAGAAGUCGGAGACACCAAUUUCUAAGAUAUUCAUUCGUAGCGCUCAAUAUUUAAGUGGCGUGAUUAUAACCACAGUCGUCGCCUCAGGCAAAUGCGGAUAAUCUACUAUCAUGAGAGGUAAAUAGGAUAGGUGGCGCGCCUUCAUCUGGAGCAGUACACCAGUUGAAGAUGCCAGGAUUUACCCCCACCGUUUUAAGUGGACCCCUAAACAAGUGUUUAUAUGACGUUUGAAGCAACGCGCAAUGAUCAUAAUUAUCAAUUGUAGAAUUGAAUUAUGCAACAUAUACGGCAAUCUACUUAGAAAGCUUCGGAGAAUGAAAUUGUAGUUAAACUUAAAGGGGCAAUAAUUAGCUUCGAACAUUUUUCAUACUAUUUUAUUUCGCAUGGCCAGUAAACUCGCAGCUUAAAAUACGCAACAUCAUACGAUGGACCAGCUAAUAAAAAGUAAUCGAGUCGUCUCGUGCAAGAAAUGAUAAAUGUAACUUAGGGC